AUGGGAGGUGGCUCGGAGUUGCUGUGCGGAGGGCGCUGGUGCGGCUGCUGCGGUGCGGCCACCUGGGCGCCCCCUCCCGUGCUGGGCAUCAUCCUGCACCAGUGGGCCGUGCAGACCCUGAAGACGUCGGUGCCGGUCCUGGGGUUGUCCUCGGCAGAAGGCGCACGGCGGCGGAGGCAGCAGCUGCUCGCCCUGGUGCGUCGUGGGCCGCCUUCGGAAGAGGUCGAGGCGGUGCGAGCAUCCGAUGCCGCGUCGACCGUGGCGGCGCCUGAGGAAGGCCGUUCCAGUGCGCCGCUCAAGCAGAAGGACGCGGAGGCGAAGGAGUGGAAGGUGGUGACGGGCAAGGUGAAAUGUCGGCGAGGCGAGCGCUGGGACGCAGCGCAGGCCAUGGCCGAGCCACGCGAGGCCAAGCGUCGAGCAGCCGCAGCUGGCGCGCUGCAGCGCUGGGCGCGCGGCUUGCUUGGGCGGCGCGCGGCCGCAGCGGUGCGGGCGGCUCGCGGCGCGGCCGUGGCUGGAUGCGCUGGGCCCACCGCGAUGGCCCUGCCGGCCGCGGAGGCCCAGCCCGCGAGGCACGGGAGGCGCGGCAAAAAGGUAAAGGAGGAUCCGAAGGGCGACGACGCCUUGCUCGGCGACGCGAUCUUCCUCGCCGCGCUCGAGGCCGACGAGUUGGCACGCGCCGCGGCGGACGCCCUU